AUGUCUCAUCUCAUUUUAGAAUCUGAAAAAUAUACUGGCGGUCCAGUGUUGGUGUCAGUGAAUAUAUACCUCAGAUCGAUAUCGAAAAUUGAUGAUGUCAAUAUGGAAUAUAGUGCUCAGUUCACUUUUCGAGAGGAAUGGCGUGAUGCUCGAUUAGCCUAUGAACAUUUUGCAGACGAAAAUACUCAAGUUCCUCCGUUUGUUAUUUUAGCAACCAGUGAACAGGCGGAUUCAACUCAGCAAAUUUGGAUGCCUGAUACUUUCUUUCAAAAUGAAAAAGAAGCAAGGAGACACUUAAUUGAUAAGCCGAAUGUUUUGAUUCGAAUACAUCAGAAUGGUCAAAUUCUUUAUAGUGUCAGGUUAUCGUUAGUACUCUCUUGUCCUAUGUCACUAGAAUAUUAUCCACUUGAUCGCCAAACAUGCCUUAUCGAUCUUGCUAGUUAUGCAUAUACGACAGAUGAUAUUAAAUAUGAAUGGAAAUUAACGAAUCCUAUUCAGCAAAAAGAAGGUUUAAGACAAAGUCUGCCAAGUUUUGAAUUACAGGACGUACUUACUGAUUAUUGCACGAGCAAAACAAAUACAGGCGAAUACAGUUGCCUACGAACGAAAAUGAUUUUACGUCGAGAAUUCAGCUAUUAUUUACUACAGCUAUAUAUUCCAUCGUUUAUGCUCGUGAUCGUCUCAUGGGUGAGCUUUUGGCUCGACAAGGAUUCUGUACCUGCACGUGUUACGCUCGGUGUUACUACUUUACUUACAAUGACAACGCAGAGUUCGGGUAUCAACGCUAAAUUACCACCUGUGUCGUAUACUAAGGCAAUAGAUGUUUGGAUUGGCGUGUGCUUGGCAUUCAUAUUUGGAGCGCUUUUGGAAUUUGCAUUAGUAAAUUAUGCUGCUCGAAAAGAUAUGACUACUGGUCAACGAAUGCCAAAACAUUAUCCACUCACUGAAUACUCUUCAUCUUAUCAACCACUGGUCGCCACAAAUUCACGUUCAUUUUGUUGUUUUCAUUUGUUUGUGCGUCGAUACAAGGAGCGUUCAAAAAGGAUUGAUGUCGUCUCUCGGCUGGUGUUCCCGAUUGGCUACGCUUGUUUCAAUGCUCUACAUUCCGUGCAUUAUGCUAGUCGUCGUUUCAUGGGUUUCAUUCUGGCUGGACAAGUUCCUGCACGAGUAUCACUCGGUGUCACAACACUUUUGACGAUGACAACUCAAGCUUCUGGAAUAAAUUCCAAAUUGCCUCCAGUAUCAUACAUCAAAGCGGUUGACGUAUGGAUUGGUGUUUGUCUUGCUUUCAUUUUUGGUGCACUUCUCGAAUAUGCCCUUGUAAAUUAUCAUGGGCGUAAGGAAUUUUUAAGAAAAGAAAAGAAGGAAAAAAAUACUAAGUAUCAUGAUUGUCUUUGCGCUCCCAGUCAAACUUUACCUCAGAUUGGAUUUCCAUCAAUGCGUUUAGAUAUGAGCUUAUAUAGAAAGCGAAAAUGGUGGCAUUCGACGAGUGUUUUUCGAUCUUGGUUUGGUGCUACAAGUGAUGUUAGCAAGCGAGUUGAUCUCAUUUCAAGAUUCACAUUUCCUACAUUUUUCGUUUAUCGUUACGUUAUUGCACUUCAAACAGUCGCUAAUGAUAAUUCAGUAGUAAUGAUGUUUGAGCCGAUUGGUAAUUAUUUCAUCUGA